AUGUCCGUCAACGGUGGCGGGUAUAAGCGCGCAAGCCGCAAGGGAGCGCUGCGUAAGUUCGCCUGCGAGUAUCCCGGUUGCGACAAGAUCUACUCGAGAGCUGAGCACCUGCAGCGACACCAGCUGAACCACAACCCCAAGGAGAUCUUCCGGUGCGACCUGGGAGACUGCGAUCAAAAGUUUGUCCGCUUGGACCUGUUGGCCAGGCACAAGAAGCGUCACACCGCGUCGUACACCCCACGUAACCGCAUUCCCAGCUUCGACACAUCCGCGGACCACAGCACGACGCUGGAUCAUUCACCGAGGCAGCAGCAUGCGAGUGUCACGGGAGCAACAUCGCGGCCGGCCUAUAGCCAUCCUCCGCAUCCGCAUAUGGGCGGCCCGCAUGAUGCAGCUAUCCUUCUAACACCGCAGUCCCACACAGAGCCGACGCCGGCGUCUCUUGGGCACGCCGUCCACGGUCGUCCCAGCUAUCAGAGCAGCGUCUGGCCGACAGCAAUAGAUGAGCAGUCGCAGUCGCCUAUCAUGCGCCACCGGAAUAGCUUUUAUGGCGGUGACCCAGCGUCAAUGCCGGAACCCGCUACCCUGAUGCCAUUCUCCGCUACUACAUUUCCCUCAGACAGCCAAAUGAGCCAAGCAAACUUUGCCGCCUGGUUGUUUGACCCGCAGGCCACAUAUGGCGACUUUAGUGUUGCGAACCUCCCCUUUCUUGAAGGCGGCCUGGAGUCAACGUUUAACAAUACGAUACAAUACGACUACGAGUCUCUCCACAGCCUCUCACCAAUCGCACCAACACCGCCCAGGCAUUCAGAUGCGUCGGAUGAAUGGAUCACAGAAGCGAAGCGUAAGGAGGUCUUGCAAUGGUUCCAAAUCUUCCGCAAAAAGCGGCCCAAGUUUGACGCUCUCAUGCCUACGCUGACGCAGGAAAGCGGCGGUGACUUGCCAGCGCUGAAUGUGGACAUGCUGCGCGAAUGCUUCAAGGAAUUCUGGGACAGUGUGUCCCCGCGACUUCCCAUAGUGCACCAGCACACGUUCUCUGCAAAUCGCUGCUCGGUAUUCCUACUUCUAGUCAUGAUUGCUCUCGGGGCCGCUUCGUUGAAAUAUCACGACAGGACAGGCCAGAGAUCAGAGUACGGGGCCUUUGCCGAUGUCAUCAUCCACUCCGUGCGAUGGGAAAUUUUAACCUCGGACGACUCGAUGCCGCCUGCGAACCUUUGGGUGGCGCAGGCUCUUUUGUUGGUAGAAUUCUUCGAGAAGCUAUACUCCUCAAGACGGUUCCACGAGAGGGCGCACAUCUACCACCCCUCCUUUCUCACACUGCUUCGCCGAGGCAGCCCGUUGAUCGGACGAACAGGCAGCGAAUCCCCGGCCGAGCCAGAGACCCUCAAUGAACGGGGACCGCCGCCCGGGCUGCCUCUGGACUCGCACACCUGGUGGACGCGGUGGGCGGAGACCGAGUCCAUGCACCGCGUCGUCUAUGCCGCAUUCAUGCUUGACAUCAUCCACGCCGCCAUCUUCGGCCACGCCGCUGACAUGGCGGCCCACGAGAUCCGCCUGCCGCUUCCAUGCGACGACAACCUGUGGGCGGCCAACAGCCCCGAUGAGGUGCGGCAGCUCGACGCCAACUUUCGCAUGUACGGUUUCAAGCAGGUGUCCUUCCUGGACGGCCUCAAGAGCGCUCUGCACGGCAAGGAGGUUAAGACGCACUCGUUUGGUCGCAUGAUCAUCAUUUCGGGCCUACUGAGCGUCGGCUGGCACCUCAGCCACCGCGAGACGCACCUCAAGUGGCUCGACCUGCGCACGCCGUCGACCGAGGUGCAGGACAACUGGCGCAAGAUGCUCCUGCUCGCCUUUGACAACUGGAAGGGCAGCUUCGACGGCGCCAUGUCCGGGUCCAUGUCCGAGUCGCCCUCCGGUGGCGGCGGCGGCCUGCCACCGAAGCGCGGCCCGUCCAACGGCCCCAUCCACAGCGCGCAGCUGCUGUUUCACCUCGCCCACAUGACGCCCAACGUCGACAUCAUCGACUGCCAGGUGUAUGCGGGGAUGAAACGCAUCCUCGGCCGCAAGGUGUCGGCGCGCGACUACGCCAACGCCACCAAGCGCAUGGCCGCCUGGGCCCAACUCGGCUCGACGCGCCACGCCAUCUACCACGCCUUCCGGCUACUACACCGCGUACUAGUAGAGCCGGACCCGCGGCGACCACCCCGCGGUGGUGGCCAGGGAGCUCUGUGGUGCCGCUACUCGAUCCGGGACGAGCCCGACCCGCACCGGCCCUGGAUCAUGUACUUUGCCGCGCUGACGAUAUGGACUUUCGUGCAGGCGCUGGGCCGCUCGACCGGCAAGCCGCUACCGCUGCGGUCGCCCGAUGGUGGCGGUAGCGGCAGCAGCACGACGGCGCACGGCCGCGCGGCCGAGUACCUGGCGCGCGUGGCGGCGCGGCCGGAGCUGGAUGAGCGCUCGGCGGGCAUGCUCCACGACGGGCUGCCGGACCUGCUGGAUGUCAUGGUGGAGAUCCUGCAAGAGGCCGAGACGGAACUGCUUGUGGAGGCGCGGAAUAGGCUACGCGUCUGCAAGGAGAUGAUUCUGGGGAGGCCCUAG